AUGCUAUCACGAGUAAUCCUCCGGGCGUCGGUACCGUCAUUCCGAACUCGGACGCCAUGUUUGGGUAUUCGGUUUUACAGUGAUAACAAGCAAAAGCCUGAUGAGGACAAGAAACCCGCCCACGACGACAAACAGGUGGCACGCAAAGAUGAUCACCAGAUCGGCGAUUUCAAAGUGAAAAGACAAACGCUGCCAGCGGCACCGGCACCCACCGAUGGCCAAGGGCUUGAGAUGCUCUUGAAACGCCAGCAGAAACCUUACAUCCCUCGUUCGCAACACCAGCGACUCAGCUAUGAGUACCCUUCGCUUCCCAAUGAGGAUACCGUGGGCCAAACCAAGCCGAAAACGGUGAAUCGAUGGACACGGUACCUCCCAAAAAUUAUCACCGCAGUAGUGGUGUUAUGGGGGGCGUACAUGGUGAAAGUGUGGAUCUAUCCAAGCGAAGAGGAAGAGCAGGCACAAGACAUCUUGGAUCCGCAGAAAUUUCACACGUUUAUCGUUACUCACAAGGAACAAAUUGAUGAUGAUCACUAUCUCAUUGAGUUGGUUCCCAAGCUGAAGCACUGGCAAUAUCUGUACUACGUCAACUACAACGAAAAACUGCCGUGGAAUGGGGACCGUAUGUGGCUGGUCGAAGUACAACAGCCUGAUAUUUCUGUGGUACGAUCAUACACCCCGUUGCCGCUUUACUUCAUGAAGUCUGAGUACACGAGACUGGGAGAAAGGGCACCGUUGUUGCGAGUAAUUGAUGAUGAUGCCACUGAUUACGAUAAAGGUGGGCUGAUGUGCUUAUAUGUCAAACGGUACAACGACGGCGAGGUCCUGAGAUAUAUUACUAAUCGAAAUGUGGGCGAUGAACUCUUAUUGCGGGGGCCCGAUAUCGAUUUUAAGCUUCCAUACCAUCCGGCUCGGGCUCACUACAACCGGCCCACAUUCAGAGACUUGCCGCUGAAGGUGGAAGCUGAAAACGGCGUGGAAAAUAUCUACAAGCGAUUCAAGUUGCCCGCGCAUGAUAACUUGGUGUUCUAUGGGGCCGGCACUGGUAUUGCGCCAAUUCUUCAGGUAUUAAUGUCUCGUAACCCUUACAGGGGAUACGUCACUAUCCAUUACUCGGCACGUAAGCCUGGUGAGUUGGGUCCUCUCGAUCGGUUUUUGUUCUUUUUGGAGAAACUUGAUCGCGUGAAGGUUGUACGUCACUAUGAUUCCGAAGGUACUAAACUCAAACCUCAAGACUUCCCUGAGCCCGCCAAGCCCCACUAUGAAAGUGCUAUGCGCUUGGAACAACAGGAGAAGAAAGCUGAGGAGCAAGGCGACUUGUCGUCGGCGGAGAAGCUUAAAAACAGAAUGAAGAUUCUCGAGGAAGAAGACCGCAAGAAGGCCAGAGAGGCUCCGCAAGAGACCGAACGGGGAACGUACUUCCCCAACGCUCUUGCUCGGGCUCAAACGACAAUAGAUCAACCUAAGGAGCCUGCGGCCUUGAGUGUGGUGUGUGGUCCUAGUGGCUACGUCGAAUACAUCUCAGGUUCAAAGCUCAUCAAUGGCGAACAAGGUCCAGUAACGGGUCAAUUGGGUGCUCGUGGAUGGGACAACAACAACACUUUCAAGCUUCAAUAA